GGAGGCCCAGGACAAAAUGGGGGCUGUCUCAGGCCUCAGUUUCCCUGUGCAGAAGAUGGAAGCCCGAGAACUAGAGGAUGUGGACACCAGUUGUUGGGGAGUUGUGGAAAAGGGGCUAGGGAUGGGGCUCUGCAAGGCAACCGAGUCCCGGAGCCCUGGCGGCCGCAGUGGAGGGCUCUGAGGGAACAGGCCGCUGGGGUGCACUCUGCCCCGGCUCUAAGUCCCUCUAUCCUUUCUUGGAGACUCUUCCCUCAUUCCCCUGCCUCGCCUCUGAUGACCCCCAGGGAAUCCUCAAAAGAAAGCCUGAGUGGUUCCUGGAGCUGGGAGUAUGUGCCCAAGGGCCCCCUCAGGACAAGGUGACAUCCUUCCCCUGCCACUCUGCCCGACACCCUCAGUGCGGAGUGGCCUCUCCCUUCUCCAUGGACUUCCAAGAGAGGGCCCCUCCCUCCCUGGCGGAGAGCACUCAGUCCUCCAAGUCCGGCAGCGCCCAGCAGGCCUCGGAGUUGUGGGAGGUGGUGGAGGAGCCUCGGGGCAGGCUGGGGCCAGAAGGUAUCAUGCCCGAGAGGCAGGAAGGCCACCUGCUCAAGAAGAGGAAGUGGCCUCUGAAGGGCUGGCACAAGAGAUACUUUGUGCUCGAGGACGGGAUCCUUCACUAUGCGACAUCUCGGCAAGACAUCACCAAGGGGAAGCUCCAUGGAUCCAUUGACGUCCGACUGUCCGUUAUGUCCAUCAACAAAAAGGCCCAGCGCAUUGACCUUGACACUGAAGACAACAUCUACCACCUCAAGAUCAAAUCCCAGGACCUGUUCCAGAGCUGGGUGGCCCAGCUGCGUGCCCACCGCCUGGCCCAGCGCCUGGACAUGUCCCGUGGCCCGCUGCCGAGCACCACUCACCGGAAGGUCCCUGGUGCCCAGCUUCCAGCAGUGGGGAGUGCCUCGGCCCUUCCUGGGGUUGGACCUCGGGAGAAGGUGUCUUCCUGGUUGAGGCACAGUGAUGGGCUAGACCGCUGCUCUCACGAGCUCUCCGAGUGUCAGGGGAAGCUCCAGGAACUACACAGACUCCUCCAGAGCCUGGAGUCCUUGCACCGAAUCCCCUCAGCCCCUGUGAUACCUACACACCAGGCCUCGGUGACAACUGAGAGACCCAAGAAGGGGAAACGGACCAGCCGCAUGUGGUGCACGCAGAGCUUUGCCAAGGAUGACACCAUUGGACGGGUUGGUCGUCUCCACGGCUCUGUCCCCAACCUGUCUCGCUACCUGGAAUCCCGGGACCCCUCGGGCCCCCGUGGGCUGCCACCCCCAGACUAUGCCCACUUGCAGCGCAGUUUCUGGGCCCUGGCCCAGAAGGUGCACAGCUCCCUCAGCAGCGUGCUGACCGCCCUCACCGCUGAACGGGAUCGACUGAGGGACCUGCAGCAAGGGUCAGAGCUCUCAAGGAUGGGGGUCUCCGAGGCCCCAGCUGGCCAGAGGCGCCUCCACUCACAGUCCAUCUCCUCGGACACCACGGCAGACUCCUUCAGUUCCCUCAACCCUGAGGAGCAAGAAGCUCUGUACAUGAAGGGGCGAGAGCUGACCCCCCAGCUGUCCCAGAGCAGUAUCCUGUCCCUCUCCGACUCCCACACUGAGUUCUUCGAUGCCUGCGAGGUUCUCCUCUCCGCCAGCUCUUCUGAGAAUGAGGCUAGCUGGGCAGGUUCCAGACAGGCCCUGGGCACUGCCCAGCUGCCCGGGGCAGGCCAAGUCUGCCCAGCCUAUCAUCUGUCCUGGUCCAGGGCUCAGAGGAGGAGUCGUGCAUCAGUGAGAUCACCACCAGCCUGUCUGCGGAGGUGCUGGACCUCAGGGGAGCCGAGCACUGCCAGAAAGGGGAUCUCAGCAAGAAAAAAAUUCCCGGCACCCCUGCGGCACCCCAGGGGGUGUAUUCCAGGGAGAGCUGCUGCAGGGCCGCCCCGACGCCGCUGCCUGCCGGCGGCCAGCGGGCCGGGGGCCGACGUGAGCCUCUGGAACAUUCUGCGCAACAACAUUGGCAAAGAUCUGUCAAAGGUGUCGAUGCCCGUGCAGCUCAACGAGCCGCUCAACACCCUGCAGCGGCUGUGCGAGGAGCUCGAGUACAGCGGCCUCCUGGACCAGGCCAGCCACGUGGCCGACCCCUGCGAGCGCAUGGUGUUCAUUGCAGCCUUCGCCGUCUCGGCCUAUUCCUCCACCUACCACCGGGCGGGCUGUAAGCCCUUCAACCCCGUCCUCGGGGAGACCUACGAGUGCGAGCGGCCCGACCGGGGCUUCCGCUUCAUCAGCGAGCAGGUCUCCCACCAUCCCCCCAUCUCGGCGUGCCAUGCAGAGUCUGAGAACUUCAUCUUCUGGCAAGACAUGAAGUGGAAGAACAAGUUCUGGGGCAAAUCCCUGGAGAUAGUGCCUGUGGGGACGGUCCAUGUCAGCUUGCCCAGAUUUGGGGACCACUUUGAGUGGAACAAGGUGACAUCCUGCAUCCACAACAUCCUGAGUGGCCAGCGCUGGAUAGAGCACUAUGGGGAGGUGUUGAUUCGAAACACACAGGAUAGUUCGUGCCACUGCAAGAUCACCUUCUGCAAGACCAAGUACUGGAGCUCCAGCAUCCACGAGGUGCAGGGUGCUGUGUUCAGCCGGAGUGGCCGCAUCCUCCACCGACUCUUUGGGAAGUGGCAUGAGGGGCUGUACCGGGGACCCCCGCCAGGCGGUCAGUGCAUCUGGAAACCCAACUCAAUGCCCCCAGACCAUGAGCGGAACUUUGGCUUCACUCAGUUUGCCUUGGAGCUGAAUGAGCUGACCACAGAGCUGAAACGGUCACUGCCCUCCACGGACACGCGGCUCCGGCCUGACCAGAGGUACCUGGAGGAGGGGAACAUCCAGGCCGCCGAGGCCCAGAAGAAAAGGAUUGAGCAGCUGCAGCGAGACAGGCGCAGAGUGAUGGAGGAGAACAACAUCGUCCAUCAGGCCCGCUUCUUCAGGCGGCAGACGGACGGCAGUGGGAAGGAGUGGUGGGUGACCAACAACACGUACUGGAGACUGCGGGCCGAGCCCGGCUAUGGGAACCUCGACGGGGCCGUGCUCUGGUAGCCCUGGCCCCAGGGGCAGGAGGCUCUGCUUCUCCACCCCUCCUGCCUCCACCCCUACGGACCUGUGGGCAAGGCCAGGCUCUGCCCCACUCCCAGCUCCCAAGGACCAGGGCAGUAGCCGUGGCUCUGGCCCUCAGCCCUCUCCGCUGGCCGGAGGGGCUGCAUCUCAGCCCACCCCCAACCCAUGGUUUGGGGUGGGAAGCAGAAUCUGCUUCCCCAGUCUCGUUGCCCUGGACAACUGGCAUAUAAGACCCUCCUGGCUCUGUCACCCUCCUGCCUGUCCCCCUUGGGGUGCUUGGGGGAGACUCCAGGCUUUCCAGGGUUUGUUCCCCAUUUCAGUGCCUUCCUAAGACACGUGGGACCCCUCGAUGUGCCCCAGGCUUUCUAUGCCCCGGGCUCCGGAGUGAGUGAAGGAGAGGAGACGGCCUUUACUUCCUCUACCACCCCCUCCAUGCCCUGUCACCAGCACCUUCUCCCCUGGCCUGGCCCAGCAGGGCCCUCUCCACCUCCCACUGGUUGGGCCCUGGCCAUGCCUCCCAUCCUGCUGGGUCCUCUUCCCCCAAACCACAAAACGCCUGCAGCUUCCGGAUCCUUGGUUUCUGAUCCUCAUGCAGUUUCCCUACCCCGCCAGAGUAGACGAGACCUGUCCAAGAGGUGGGGAGCAGACAGAAUGGGCAGGCACCCUGCCUGGCCUCAGAUCCCCCGGGAGUGUGCGAGCACGUGUGAGCAUGUGAGUUCAUGUGUGUGUGUGCGUGGAUGUGCGUGCACCUGUGUGCCUGUGUGCUGCUUGCAGGCAAGCAGGAUUCCUUCAUGUAGCUGGGAUGUCCCCCCUGCUGGAUGUCAGCCACCAUUGCUGCUCAUUUUCUCACGGUCUGGCUCUGAGUAAGGUGAAUCGCUGUGACAUUCCAAGCUCUAAUAAAGACUGUCCCAGACUUUG